AAGUUAUUCUAAUAAUCAUGUAGCUAAAGAUUUUAUUGAUGCUAUUGGAAGAGUUAUUGAAGAAGUUAUAUGUAUGAUUGAGCUUACAGAAGGAACAGCUAAUGCUAUUGUUAAAAAAUUAAAUAUUUUUAUAUAUGCGAAAAAUUUACCAAUUAAUCAUUUAAUGAAUAUAGAAAGUAAUAGAGCAUCCAUAAUGUUAGCUGCACAACUAAAACAACAAAAUCCUUAUCUUAUUGAGAUUCACUGUAUUUCUCAUCAUUUAGCAUUAGCGAGUGAAGAUGCUGCAGCUAGUAUUCCAUAUUUGA